CCAACCAUUUCUUUCAUCACCCUCAUCCAUCCAAUUCCAAUCCGAUAUAUUAUCCAACUAAGCACACAAUCACCGCAAUGGCUCGCUCCUCUGCUGCUCUCUUCGCUAUCCUCUUCGCCUUCGUUCUCAUCGCCGCCCCCCACGCACAGGGCGCCAUCUCGUGCGGUCAAGCGGUGUCGAUGAUCUCAUCGUGCGUGAACUACGCCCGUGGCCAGGGAACUCUGCCUCCCGGGUGCUGCAGCGGUGUCAGGGCGCUGAAUUCAGCUGCCAGGAGCACUCCUGAUCGCCAGCAGGCCUGCGCUUGCCUCAAGGCCGCGGCCGGUAAAAUCUCCGGUCUGAAUCAAGCUCGUGCCGCUGGGAUUCCUGGAGCUUGUGGUGUUAGGCUCCCUUACGCCAUUAGCACCUCCAUCAACUGCGCUACCGUGAAGUAAGCUCUUUCGCGUUCCUCUUAUGACACUUACUACGUAGAAGAUCAGUUGCAAGAAUAAAGUGGAGGCUGUUCUCUGCACUCUCCGCGUGCCUGUUUUGUCUCCCUUUGUCACUAGAUUAUGUUUCUGUCGUUAAUUCCGUGUGUUGCUCUUGUUUGAGUUUGUGUACCGUUGAGGUGUAUCUUUGUGUCGCACCAAAUCCAUGUAUCAAUAAAUAUUUUCCUAGUAAAUGAUUGUUCCCUCAC